CGCUGCACGACGCCAGGCUUUGCCGCCAUUUUGUUAGCUUGGGGCCGUGGCGCGGCUGGCAUUUGGGUGGCCUGCUCUGUGGCCCCCAUACCGUGUCAUCCCGCUGCAGGCCCGCAUCACAGCCUCAGGUUGGAUCCGGGAAGCGGUCCCGGCCCGGCCGGCGGAGGGGGCGGCGGUGGCGGCAGCGGCGGCAGGAUGAGCGCGGAGGCUGCGGAUCGGGAGGCGGCCACCUCCAGCCGGCCCUGCACCCCGCCCCAGACGUGCUGGUUCGAGUUCCUGCUGGAGGAAUCGCUGCUGGAGAAGCAUCUGCGUAAGCCCUGCCCAGAUCCUGCACCAGUUCAGCUGAUAGUUCAGUUUUUGGAACAGGCUUCUAAACCUUCAAUUAAUGAACAGAACCAGGUUCAACCUCCAGCUGAUAACAAGAGAAAUCGAAUUUUAAAACUUCUUGCUCUUAAAGUUGCCGCGCAUUUGAAAUGGGAUUUAGACAUAUUAGAGAAAAGCUUGUCUGUUCCAGUUUUGAAUAUGUUACUAAAUGAACUGCUGUGUAUCAGUAAAGUUCCUCCAGGGACAAAGCACGUAGAUAUGGAUCUAUCUACUUUACCUCCAACUACUACCAUGGCUAUAUUACUCUACAAUAGAUGGGCAAUUAGAACAAUUGUUCAAAGUAGCUUCCCCAUCAGACAGGUGAAACCUGGACCCCCCCAGUUGAGUGUUAUGAAUCAAAUGCAGCAAGAGAAGGAGUUAACAGAAAACAUUUUGAAAGUGCUAAAGGAACAAGCUGCUGAUUCUAUUCUGGUAUUAGAGGCAGCAUUGAAACUAAACAAGGAUCUUUAUGUCCAUACAAUGAGAACAUUGGAUUUAUUGGCUAUGGAACCGGGUAUGGUAAAUGGAGAAACUGAGAGUUUAACCGUUGGAUUAAUAAUAAAAACUGAGGAAAUGCAAUGCCAGGUAUGUUAUGAUUUGGGUGCAGUUUACUUCCAACAAGGUUCUACAAAUUCAGCUGUCUAUGAAAAUGCAAGGGAAAAAUUUUUCAGGACCAAAGAGUUGAUUUCAAAGAUAGGCUCAUUAUCUCUUCAUUGCUCCAUAGAUGAGAAGCGAUUAGCUGGCUAUUGUCAGGCUUGUGAUGUUCUUGCACCUUCUGAUAAUACAUCACAACAGUCAACUCCAUAUAGUCAAAUCCAUAUCUGUAUGAGAUCAGGCAACUAUCAGGAGGUGAUAAAUAUAUUCCUUGAAGAUAAUAUGACGCUGAGUUUACCUGUUCAAUUCAGGCAGUCAGUGCUAAGAGAACUUUGCCAGAAAGCUCAGCAAGGAAAUGAAGCUCUAGAUGAAAUUUGUUUCAAAGUUUCUGCCUGUAACACAGUACGUGAUAUACUUGAGGGUAGAACAAUUAGUGUUCAGUUUAACCAGCUGUUUCUUCGACCUAACAAAGAGAAAAUAGACUUUCUUCUUGAGGUAUGUUCAAAGUCAAUAAAUUUGGAACAAGCUUCAGAUUCUUUGAAAGAAAACAUGGCCGCUUUUCUAAAAAAUCUCUGUUUGGGAUUGGACGAUCUGCAGUUUGUCUUUAUGAUUUCUUCUCAUGAACUCUUCAUUACACUGUUGAAAGAUGAUGAACAGAAGCUGCUUAUUGAACAGAUGAGGAAAAGAUCUCCUAGAGUAAAUCUGUGUACCAAGCCUGUAACUUCAUUUUAUGAUAUCCCAGCUUCAGCAAGUGUCAACAUUGGGCAGUUGGAACAUCAGCUUAUAUUAUCAGUGGAUCCUUGGAGAAUUCGCCAGAUUUUAAUUGAAUUACAUGGCAUGACUUCAGAACGCCAGUUUUGGACAGUAUCUAGUAAGUGGGAAGUGCCAGGUGUUUACAGUAGUGUUAUUCUAGGAAUUAAAGAUGGUUUAACAAGAGAUUUGGUUUACAUACUUAUGGCAAAGGGCUUACACUGCAGUAUUGUUAAGGACUUCGUCCAUGCUAAACAACUGUUUGCUGCUUGUUUGGAGUUGGUGACAGAGUUCUCCCCAAAGCUCCGUCAGGUAAUGCUAAAUGAGAUGCUCCUCUUGGACAUUCACACGCAUGAAGCUGGACCAGGGCAAUCAGGGGAGCGUCCUCCUUCUGACCUCAUCAGCAGGGUCCGUGGAUAUCUGGAAAUGAGGCUUCCUGAUAUCCCUCUUCGACAAGUUGUGGCAGAGGAGUGUGUUGCCUUUUUGUUAAAUUGGCGAGAAAAUGAAUACCUGACUCUUCAAGUUCCUGCCUUCCUUCUUCAAAGUAACCCAUAUGUGAAGAUGGGACAGCUUUUGGCGGCUACAUGCAAAGAACUCCCAGGCCCUAAAGAAAGUACUCAGACGGCUAAAGAUCUUUGGGAAGUGGUUGUUCAGAUCUGUAGUAUAUCUAGUCAGCAUAAACGAGGCAACGACGGGAGAAUUAGUUUAAUAAAGCAGAGAGAAUCUACGUUGGGUAUUAUGUACAGGAGUGAACUACUCUCUUUUAUCAAAAAGCUACGGGAACCAUUGGUUUUGACUACAAUAUUAUCUCUGUUUGUGAAACUUCAUAAUGUUCGGGAGAACUUUGUGAAUGAGAUUACAGCUGAGCCCAUUUCUAUUUGGCCUUCUUCCAUUCCCAACCUUCAGUCAGUGGACUUUGAAGCUGUGGCUGUUACUGUAAAAGAGCUGGUUCGUUAUGCACUUACUAUAAACUCAAACAAUCAUUCCUGGUUAAUUAUUCAGGCAGAUAUUUAUUUUGCCACAAACCAGUAUUCAGCAGCUCUUCAUUAUUAUCUUCAAGCUGGAGCUGUGUGUUCUGAUUUCUUUAAUAAAGCUGUGCCACCAGAUGUUUUCACAGACCAGGUCAUAAAACGAAUGAUAAAAUGUUGUUCCUCUCUGAAUUGCCAUACACAGGUAGCAAUUUUAUGUCAGUUCCUUAGAGAAGUUGACUAUAAAACAGCAUUUAAGUCACUACAGGAACAAAAUAGUUAUGAUGCGAUGGAUUCCUACUAUGAUUACAUAUGGGAUAUUACCAUUUUGGAAUAUUUGACAUAUCUACAUCAUAAAAGAGGAGAAACAGAUAAAAGACAAAUUGUGAUAAAAGCCAUUGGACAGACAGAACUGAAUAUGAGUAAUCCUGAAGAAGUAUUACAGCUUGCAGCUCAGAGAAGAAAGAAGAAAUUUCUCCAAGCAAUGGCAAAACUAUACUUUUAAAGAUGUUCUCAUUCAAAAAAUUAUCUUUUCAAACCCCAAAGAAAACAAAGUCAUACCAGCAUAGCCAAGUAAUUUGUGUGUGUCUGGAUAUUGUGUCUGUCUUCUACAGAAAUCUUCUUAAAAACCUUCAGUUUCACCGGAGGACCACCCUUCACUACUCUGGCAAAAGGUACCAUCCAUUCUACACAUUCUGAAAUGUUGUCCCAGUCCAAACCUUUGGAUCAAAAGGAAAAUGUAUAGUUCACAGUUCAGAUCAACAUUUUUUCCUAUAAAAUAUACACACGUAUAUGUGUAUGUGUAUGUGAUUCUUUGCCCCAUCUUCUGGAACUUAAGAUGUACAAACUUUCCUCCCCUUCUCUCUCUCAUUAUUUGAUCCCCAAGUUUAAUUUCUGUACCUCUCUGUAUCUCACUGUAUUAAGAUUUGGAAAGAAAAAGAUGCUGUUUAUUCAUCUUGCCUGUGGUAUUAGGCCAGUAUCUAAAUAUGAAUUGGAUGGUUAGCGACAUUAGAGGCAGUUUACUUGAUCACUUUUUAGAUUUUAGUAAUGGCAACUGAUUGUAAAGUACAAAUUUUAUAUUUCUGCUUUUUAUGCCUUGGAAUCAUGACUAAGACAUGUCAAUGACUUAGUCUAAUUAGGAUUAAAACCAUCUUAAGACAACUGGCUAGUUUUAAAAGUGCAGGACAAGUUUUCAGCAUAAUAUACAAAUAAACUUUCAUAUCUGUGCUGUU